CCGUAUCCUAGCAACGACGCAAAGUGACACGAGAGUAUCCAGGCUAGCUUACAGUACAGGACAACAGUGGAGGAAUGUUUUAACCCCGGAGCUACACCUUUAAUGUGGACCAGCGUCUUCAUACAAAUUCAGUUUCGUUGAAUUCCCAGUAUAUUUUGUAGGAGGCUGUAAGUUCAAACAUGUACGGACGGGCUCCAAGAGUGACCUUUAUGACAACCGGCGUCACCCCACCAACAGUUGGCCCCGGGUCUUACGAGCUGAGCCAGUGUCCGUACCCAGUAUCAGAUGGCUAUGCUCCAUUCCUGUCCUUGGCAAGCAGACAGCCAGGGUUAAGUGACAGUGAGAGGUUACCAGGACCUGGACAUUAUGACCUCUAUUCUGUCAAGCCAAAUGUCCAUGGUGGCACCAGUCUUCAAAACCGCUCAAAGCGUUUUGAGGUGUCAGUGUCACAGGUUCCAGGCCCCGGGGCCUACGAUGUGCUGCCUGCCGCAGGGAACUUGCUCAAGGCUGAGAAGGCUGAUGUGGGACAGGCUGGGAAGUUUGGCAGGAAAACGGCUAAAAGUCUCCGACUGGUUUGUCAGUCAGAUAUCCCGUCCAUUCCAACCCCGGGCCAGGCCUAUGGCUAUGAGGAGGAUACCCAGGGAGUGCUCCACAAGCAGCAGGCGCCUCCCAGGGACACAACCCUGGGGCCAGCCUACUACAAUCCACAACUGUUAGGGAUGAGUUCUGCACAGAAGUACAAAGGGGUCCACUUUGGCAACAUGACUGGGAAAAGAAAUGAGGUGAAGGUGGAGGACAUACCAGGUCCAGGCCAUUAUUACCCAGAAAUAGUUCCAGAAACACACUAUGUGAAUGUAAACCUUCAAAAGGAGCAGAAAGGGAAAGCUGAGCUUAUCAUCCCUCGCUACCAUGAACUGGUGUCCAUGCAAGAAGAAAAAAAGGGAGUUCCUGGUCCAGGCCAGUACCACAUCAGAAGUCAGUUUGAGCCUGUGAAAUCUGGUGGCAACAUGUCGAAGUUCACAUGCCCCUUCCUCUCUCAGUCAGAGAGGUUUAGCCCUGUGAAGGAGGUGUCGCCCCCUGUUGGUGCAUAUAAUGACCCACGCAGCGCCCUGGAGGUGCUGAAAAAGUCCACAGGGGUGAAGAAAAGUCCAUUUGGCAUCACUACAGUGCGCUUCACUGCUAACCAUGAAAAAUGCUCUGCACCAGGUCCAGGGUCCUACAAUGUCUUUGAAUAUGGUUUAGCCCGCGAGAGUUUCAAAAAGGCAUUUUUAGAGAGAACUAGGAGGGGUGGUUUUGGCUCCACGGCACAACGCAACUGUGUUUUCCACAACAAGGAAUCAAUAGAGGGUCCUAGUCCAGCACAGUAUGAGACAGAAAAGAAAACAGAGGAAAGCUACAAAAAGCAGCACAUGGCAGUAUUUAAAUCAGUUACAGAACGUCUACCAUCAUCACUCCUGGCUAAAGACACCCCUCCACCCAACAUGUAUGAUAUCUGUAGGACAUUUGAGAAGGCUAAGAGACACUCCUCAGAGCCCAGAAGUGAAGGAGCGAAGAGACGACAGAGAUGCUUCCUCUCUGCUGCACCGAGGGAUACAUUUGUUGAACAAUGUGACUCAAAUGUUCCAGGUCCUGGACACUACAACCCCAGUGUGAAAUCCUUCCCACAAAUGACUCUGAUCUCCUCCAGAGAAGAUCGAUUCAAAGUCCCUAUGAACACCAAUCCUGGACCUGGUGCUUAUCAGCUGAGUCCAGGUAUGAUGAACACGGUCCUGAAGGGCACCUUCAACGUGACGCUCGACAACCCCCUGGACCCCUGCGGUUCCCCCCGUGUGGCUCCUGGCCUCGUGAUGGCACAAAGGACCAUUAACGGCGUCUCACCCAACACUUCAUUGCUACGAGCGCUUCGUAGAGCUCUUUAGCGGGUCACAGUGUAGGGGUGAGAGUUUGGAGGAAGGUGACGGCUCUUAAGCGUGUGAGAAAAAAAAAACCUAAAACCGACUCUGUAUAUGCUUCUUUUCUCAUUCUUCACUUUCUGUAGUGACAAACUUAGCACACUGAUUCAGCUGUUUUUUUGUGGAUCAUUCACUUCUGUAUAAACCGCUCUGCUAAUCAAACACAAUUAAAAGGGCAUUAAUGUUGAAACUGGGUGAUGAGUUUGCAAAGCAUGUUACUCUUACAAGUUCCCCUCAUUCUUACAACACUUAUCAUCCAUCCACAUGAUACAUCUGUCUUUUCUAAGGAUAAAUGACAAAGAUUAAAAAUGUUUUGUCGUACCUGUCACACUGAUUGUACUGUGAAGCCCAUACUGACAAGUGACAGUAAAGACUGGGAGUUCACGUGUCUUAAGUCUGCCUUUUGACA